AUGACAGAGGAAAGCAAAGGGGAUGGCAAGGGGGAGAGCGGGAAGGACCUGGAGAAGCAGCUUCGCCUGCGCGUGUGUGUCCUCAACGAGCUGCUCAAGACGGAGCGGGACUACGUGGGCACACUGGAGUUCCUGGUGUCGGCUUUCCUUCACCGAAUGAUCCAAUGUGCAACAGCCAAAGUAGAUAAAAAUGUCACGGAGGAGACAGUUAAGAUGUUGUUUUCAAAUAUCGAAGAUAUCCUUGCAGUUCACAAAAAUUUCCUGUCUCUAGUGGAGGAAUGCUUGCAACCGGAACCUAAUGCACAGCAUGAAGUGGGAACCUGCUUUCUUCAUUAUAAAGAGAAAUUCCGUAUCUAUGAUGAAUACUGCAGUAACCAUGAGAAGGCACAGAAAGUUCUGCUUGACCUUAACAAAAUAAGAACAGUGCGGACUUUUCUUUUGAACUGCAUGCUGCUUGGAGGACGGAAGAACACUGAUGUGCCAUUGGAGGGGUAUCUCGUAACGCCAAUACAGAGAAUAUGCAAAUAUCCCCUUCUUUUGAAGGAGUUACUGAAGCGGACUCCAAGGAAACAUAGUGACUAUGCAGCAUUAAUGGAAGCCCUCCAAGCCAUGAAAGCUGUCUGCUCCAACAUAAAUGAGGCCAAGAGACAAAUGGAAAAACUAGAGUUUUUGGAAGAAUGGCAGUCACAUGUUGAAGGAUGGGAGGGGUCCAACAUCACAGAUACUUGCACAGAAAUGUUGAGAAGUGGAGUUCUUCUGAAAAUUUCAGCAGGAAAUAUCCAAGAGCGGAUAUUUUUUCUUUUUGAUAAUCUUUUGGUUUACUGCAAAAAAAAGCACAGGCGACUGAAGAACAGCAAAGCAUCUACAGAGGGUCAUCGUUACCUUUUUCGGGGCAGGAUAAACACAGAAGUGAUGGAAGUGGAGAAUGUGGAUGAUGGAACAGCUGACUAUCACAGCAGUGGCCAUACUGUUGUUAAUGGCUGGAAGAUUCACAACACAGCAAAGAACAAAUGGUUUGUAUGUAUGGCAAAAACCCCUGAAGAGAAGCAAGAAUGGCUGGAAGCUAUUCUGAAAGAACGAGAAAGGAGAAAAGGUYUAAAACUAGGCAUGGAACAAGACACUUGGGUGAUGAUUUCUGAACAAGGAGAAAGACUUUACAAAAUGAUGUGCAAACAAGGAAAUCUCAUCAAAGACAGGAAGAGGAAACUAACCACUUUCCCCAAAUGCUUUCUUGGAAGUGAAUUUGUGUCCUGGUUACUGGAAAUUGGAGAGAUACACAAAUCUGAAGAAGGUGUUCACCUUGGCCAAGCUUUAUUAGAAAAUGGCAUUAUCCAUCAUGUCACAGAUAAGCACCAAUUCAAACCUGAACACAUGCUGUACAGAUUCCGAUAUGACGAUGGAACAUAUUAUCCAAGAAAUGAGAUGCAGGAUGUGAUUUCUAAGGGUGUACGAUUAUACUGUCGCCUUCACAGCCUGUUUACCCCAGUAAUUAGGGAUAAGGAUUAUCAUCUGAGAACCUACAAAUCUGUUGUCAUGGCUAACAAGCUCAUAGACUGGCUGAUUGCACAGGGGGAUUGCCGGACCAGGGAGGAAGCCAUGAUCUUUGGCGUAGCUCUUUGUGACAAUGGAUUUAUGCACCAUGUGUUAGAAAAAAGUGAAUUUAAAGAUGAACCACUGCUGUUCCGAUUUUUUGCGGAUGAAGAAAUGGAAGGAUCAAAUAUGAAGCACAGGCUCAUGAAACACGAUUUAAAAGUUGUGGAAAAUGUAAUAGCCAAAUCAUUACUGAUUAAAUCUAAUGAAGGCGCCUAUGGUUUUAUUUUAGAAGAUAAAAAUAAAGUGCCAAUUAUUAAAGUGGUGGAGAAAGGAUCAAAUGCCGAGAUGUCAGGCUUGGAAGUUGGGAAAAAAAUCUUUGCUAUCAAUGGUGACCUGGUGUUUCUACGACCCUUCAGUGAAGUGGAUUGCCUCCUGAAAGCAUGUUUAAACAGCAGGAAGCCCCUACGGGUUCUUGUGAGCACUAAACCACGAGAAACAGUGAAGAUUCCUGACUCUGCAGAUGGACUUGGAUUCCAAAUCCGGGGCUUUGGUCCAUCGGUUGUCCACGCUGUUGGGAGAGGAACAGUAGCAGCUGCAGCAGGUCUCCACCCUGGCCAAUGCAUAAUCAAAGUCAAUGGAAUUAAUGUCAGCAAAGAGACUCAUGCAAGUGUUAUUGCUCACGUCACUGCAUGCAGGAAAUACAGGCGCCCAAUGCAGCAAGAUUCUAUACAGUGGGUUUACAACAGUAUUGAAAGUGCUCAGGAAGAUCUUCAGAAAACAAAUACCAAGCCAUCUGGAGAUGAUGGAGGAGAUGCCUUUGAUUGCAAAGUAGAAGAGGUAAUUGACAAGUUUAACACUAUGGCAAUAAUUGAUGGGAAGAAAGAUCAUGUGAGUCUGACUGUUGACAAUGUUCAUCUGGAGUAUGGAGUGGUUUAUGAGUAUGACAGCACAGCUGGAAUAAAAUGCCACGUGUUGGAGAAAAUGGUUGAACCAAAGGGGUUUUUCAGCUUGACCGCUAAGAUUCUUGAAGCACUGGCAAGAAGCGAUGAGCAUUUUGUGCAGAAUUGCAACAGCCUGAAUUCCUUAAACGAAGUAAUCCCCACUGAGCUUCAGAGUAAAUUCAGUGUCAUUUGUAGCGAGAAAAUUGAACAUAUCUGCCGGAGAAUCUCUAGUUAUAAAAAGUUUUCAAGAGUAUUAAAAAACAGAGCUUGGCCUACCUUCAAACAAGCUAAGUCAAAGAUUUCACCACUUCACAGCAGUGAUUUCUGUCCAACCAACUGCCAUAUCAAUGUGAUGGAGGUCUCUUACCCUAAAACCUCAACAUCGCUUGGUAGUGCCUUUGGCGUUCAGUUAGACAGCAGAAAACAUUCUUCACAUGAAAAAGAAAAUAAAAACACUGAUCAAGGUAACCUGAAUCCCAUGAUUUAUGUCCAGCAUACCAUUACCACCAUGGCUGCCCCGUCUGGACAGUCUCUUGGUCAGCAAGAGGGGCAUGGGCUGAGGUACCUUUUAAAAGAAGAAGAUUUAGAAACUCAAGAUGUGUAUCAGAAACUGUUACUSAAAUUGCAAGCUGCAUUGAAAGAGGUGGAAACAUGUGUUUGUCAGAUAGAUGACCUUCUUUCUUCAAUAACAUAUUCUCCYAAAUCAGAGCGUAAAACACCUGAGCCUUUAGUGCCAGCAGACAGUGAUAAUGAAAAGGGAGAGAGGAAUGGAAAGAAGGUCUGCUUCAGCAUGACAGGCGAUGAACAGGAAGAUUCUGGUCAUGACACCAUCAGCAACAGGGAUUCUUACAGUGACUGCAACAGCAACAGGAACUCCAUUGCCUCAUUCACCAGCAUUUGUAGCAGUCAGUGCAGUUCGUACUUUCACAGUGAUGAAAUGGAUUCAGGUGAUGAGCUUCCCAUAAGUGUUCGAAUCUCUCAUGAUAAACAGGAUAAACUCCAUAGCUGCUUGGAACAUCUGUUUGGUCAAGUAGAUUCAAUUGCCAACCUUCUGAAAGGACCAGCUGUGAUGAGGGUCUUUGAACAGACAAAAUACUUUACCCCAGGUCGAGGUCUGCAAGAGUUUCAGCAGGAAAUGGAACCGAAGCUUAGCUGUCCAAAGAGGCUACGACUUCACAUUAAACAAGACCCUUGGAACCUUCCCAGCAGUGUCCGAAGCCUUGCCCAGAAUAUCAGAAAAUUUGUGGAAGAGGUGAAGGCACGAAUUCUCUUGGCACUUCUUGAAUAUACAGACAGUGAGAUACAGCUGAGGCGAGACAUGGUCUUCUGUCAGAGUCUUGUGGCUACGGUCUGUGCUUUUUCAGAGCAACUAAUGGUGGCCUUAAGUCAGAUGUUUGACAAUAGCAAAGAAUAUGAAAUGGAGACUCUGGAGGCCAGCAGAAGGUGGUUGGAGCAGAUUGCUAAUGCGGGUGUUCUCCUUCAUUUCCAGUCGCUGCUGUCGCCCAACUUGGCUGAUGAGCAAGCCAUGCUAGAAGAUACAUUGGUUGCACUAUUUGACUUGGAAAAGGUCACUUUUUACUUCAGACAAUCAGAGCCAGAACCACUAGUUGCAAAUGUUCCAAUCACAUACCAAGCAGAAGGAAGUCGACAAACCCUGAAGAUUUACUUCUACCUUGAUACUUACCAUUUUGAACAGCUUCCUCAAAGGCUAAAGAAUGGAGGAGGAUUUAAAAUUCAUCCUGUACUUUUUUCACAAGCAUUGGAGAGCAUGGAAGGAUAUUACUACAGAGACAGUGUCUCGGUAGAAGAAUUUCAAGCUCAAAUUAAUGCAGCUUCUCUAGAAAAAGUCAAGCAGUAUAACCAGAAACUGAGAGCAUUCUACUUGGACAAGUCAAACUUGCCUCCAAAUUCAACAUCUAAAGCUGCUUAUAUAGAUAAGUUUAUGAGACCUCUCAACUGCCUGGAUGAACUUUACCGACUCAUAGGGUCCUUCAUCCGAUCCAAGCGCACCGCAGCCUGCGCCUACACGGCCUGCAGCGCGUCYGGCGUUGGGCUGCUCUCGGUGGCCUCAGAGCUCUGUAACAGGCUCGGAGCAUGUCACGUCAUCAUGUGCAACAGCGGAGUCCACCGCUGCACUCUGAGUGUGACCCUGGAGCAAGCCAUCAUUCUGGCACGGAGCCAUGGGCUGCCUCCUCGCUAUAUCAUGCAGGCUACUGAUGUCAUGCGCAAACAGGGAGCAAGAGUACAAAAUACAGCCAAGAAUUUAGGAGUGAGGGACCGAACACCACAGUCCGUCCCAAGAUUAUACAAGUUAUGCCAGCCACCACCACCUGUUGGAGAGGAAUGAGGAGAACUACUCCAGAAAAUCAUCCAAUAAUGGCUUUUAGGACACCAGGACUGUGAAAUCUAACUGCAUUGUAGCAGUAUGUGCCUGGGGCUUUGAUAAGUUAAAGCUCUUUACUCAGGAUGAAGAAAGAAAUAUCUUAACUAGUCUCUAUUGACAUUGGAGUAUGACUUCCAAAAAAAAGCAUUUCUGGAUUCCUGGAAACUGUGCAUUCCGGCCUUGUUAGGAAAGCAGGAUUUUUCCUUGGGUAUUUUACACUGGAAUCAGGUUCAUCAGAGGUUCAGCUACAUGAAAUAGGACCAGGCAGCAGCUUGAAAAGAGAUGUCUUGUAUCCAGGUGAAGUCAUUCUCUCUGAACUAGCAGGACUUUUCUUCUGGAAGGGAUAAAAGCCUACAGAAGGGGCAUGCACUUCAUAUGGGGCCUUUUGCACUGAUAAUUCUUUUUUCCUUUUUUUUUAAAUCCUGUCAGCGUCCCAAGUUCUCACCUUUUCAUAACAAUGAAAUUAAAGUUUCAAGGAUGUUGUGUAAGUGAGGUUUAAGGAUAAAAAUUUUCCUCAGAAUUGUGCCUAAUGACUCCAGGCUGGCUGCUUCUGUGAAUGUGUGUUCACGUAAGCACAGCCACGUCGAAAGUAUCCCGCUGUCAUUCUCACUCGGAAGGAAUGUGAAUAGGGCAUCUUAGAUGCAGUUCUACCUUUCUCCAGUUGUCAUAUUGAAGGAGAGAAGAAUCUGAAAUCUGAUUUUCUUUCAUCAUUGGAUUGAAUUUGAGACCCUGAUGUCUAAUGUAUGUUUUACAUUAUAGUGUCUCUGUAUUGCUUCAGAGUUGUUCAAAGUUGUACAUGUUUUUUUGUACAGCAUACUAGCAAAACUUUACAAGAUGAGCAUGGGACAGUGUUGUUACAUUUAAC